AUGAAGCGUAAGAGGGGACCAGAGAAGGGCCCCAGGAAUCAGGAAAGGGAGAAGCAAGCCGACACCUUUCAGGUAGAUUUCGAGUUCUACGAUCCCGAGGAAUCAGACUUUCAUAGUGUGCGUGAGCUGCUCUGCACAGGCGUCUUGCGUUGUGUUGACUUGGACUUCUCUGGGCUAGCGGACAGCAUCGUGGAACAGGUGAACAUUGGGACUACGAUUAAGUCCGGAGGAGAAGAAGGCGGAAGCGAGAAGAGCGAGGGAGCAGCCGAGAACGAGGACGACGACGAGGAUGCUGCUCUCUGUGGCUUCUUGACCUGCCUGAACCUGCACCAGUUCUCGGAGAAAGACUGGCGCAACGGCUUGGUGUCCUUCCUGGAAAGCAAAGCUCACAGUGCUGGGAUUGGGGUGUCGGAGAAGCUGAAGAAGUUUCUGACCGCAGACGCACAGCCAGGCCUGCUGGUCUCGGAGCGCUUCGUGAACUUGCCUCUGGAGCUUGUCCCGAUGCUACACAAAGCAGUGCUGGAAGACAUCUCCUGGUCUCAAACCACCGAGCAUUGCCCGAGUGAGGAGCGGCCCUUCUACUUCUUCACUCAUUUCCUCCUCCUGGCACGAUGUCACGCUGCUGACGCAGGCAGCCCUGUAGAUGGCCGUACUGUUGCCUUUGCCCGGCCAGAGGACGAAGCCUUAGCCCGGACAGCUUCCCUUGCCUUCAGCUUCCCGCUGGCUGGAAAGCAAAAACCCGGUGGGGGGGGCCGGGGCCCCAAGAGGCGGCGUCCUGCACACGGGCCCGCAGUGCCCGCUGCGGCAGUGGACGAGCGCCCUUCGGAACGCGUAGCCGUGCUCGGCUUUACCCGACCGGCCUACGAAAAGGCGGUGGCUGGCCUCCGAAAGGCUCUGGAAGCAGAAGCAAAGGCUAAGGUGUGA